UUGAAGCAAAUUGGACGGUUAAUUCGAAAGCAAACACGUGCAUACUUGCAUUACAAGGAGGCUCACCACUUGGCUCCAGUUGUUUCGUCUUCGCGAUUGAAUUUAAAUCUUUGAACAGAAUUUUCAGCUGUUGCUGCCGUAAUCUUCUUCUAAUUUCCCCUAGAAAGAUGAAUAGUGAAGAAAUUAAUAACAAACUUUUGCCACCUGGAGUGAAUCCAAUUUUAACUUUUCCUGUAGAUAAAUUAAGAGCUAAAGAAAGCAAACUAGGACAAGAUCACUCAUCGUUGCCAAGUUCAUCUUCUUCUGAAUCUAUGGAAUUUGAAGUUGAAACUUUUGGUAUUGAAAAAGAAAACAGCCAAACUUUACCAGAAGAGAAGUUAAAAUUUCAAAAAUCCCAAAUUGCUUUUUUCUCUGGUGAAAAAAGUGAUUGGCCAGCUGCUCUAAAAUCUGAAAAUGUGACCAGCCAAUCGCUGAUCAAUAGUUCAUCAUCUUCCAGGUCUAAAUUGCGUAGAAAAAUUAAAAGAAGUGCUAAGCCCAUGUCAUCUAAAAAGAAGAAACAGCUGUCUCAUAAUAUUUAUAAGUUAUCAGGUAAGGAAUUGGGACAACUUGUGCAGAUUAUACAAUUGAGAGAGAAUUGUUCAAAUAAGAGCCCUCAUGAAAUUGAGAUUGAUCUUGAGAAACUUAAACCAUCAACGCUAAGAGAAUUAAAAAAAUAUGUUGCCUCACGUCUAAAGAAACAGCCACGCAGAGGUAAAGAGGGACGAGAAAGACAUUACUAUAAAGGUUUAAAGAAGAUGUUUUCACGCUGGUGUCACUGCUAAUCCCAGAGCAAGAGUAUAUGGUAACAGUAAGAGAAGCUGCAGGUAACAGGAAGGUGUAAGAGAAAAGAAGACUCUGCCUCAUUCAUUGUACAUUCGUUAAUUAUUGUUUGCUUAAUCAAAAUUGGCAUAACCUAACUCAAUAGAACAAAAAUCUUGUUUAAAAUUUUGAGACAUUAUCCAAAUGACUGAAUUGAAUAUUCUUUUACUUUUUUAAUGUUUAUUCAUUUUAGAAGAAACUGAAGUCAGAUUUUAUGUGUUUAUAAAUUGCCUACUUUUCUACAUUGAUAAAAUGUAUUAUUGACUUAAACUUAUGCUCUGAUUUAAAAUCAAUUGGACUCUGGGACCAAUAAUUAGCUCGACUGAGUUUUUAGGGGAUCUGAUUUUCUUUUAUGACCAAAUAUUGAGAAUUCUAACUUAAUUUGGUAAUUCAAUUUUAAAAUUAUGCUAGUUUUAAAUAAAAAUGUUUGGUUUUUUUGUCAAAAAUCAAAUGCUAACCAUAUUUUGGAUGUAAAUGUGUAUAUAAUAUGAAUGUAUAUAAUCUAUUAGAAAAACCAUUCACUUAAUAGUUUAACAGUUAUUUAUUUAUUCUUUUUUUACUUUGUGUUAUUUUUCUAUUUUUUUAAUUAUGUAUUAAAAUUGUAAUUAAAUUUUGUAACCAAUUCUUCAUGUUUUGUAUGUGAUUUUUGAUAAUAAAAUUUCAUAUUAUUUACAA